AUGGCCCAGCCUCUGCUCAAGAGAACCUUCUCCCGGCUGCGCGGCAAGGACAGAUCUCGCCGGAAGACUGAGCCCGAAGGUAAGCGCGAGUUCGCCUUCCUUCUUCGCCUUCGGCGGCUCCGUUCCGCUUUCGCGUCCAGAGACGCCGAUGCGGCGGUCCGCCGAAGCGGUUCCCCUUCGCCGCCGAUGACGAGAAAGUCCCCCGAGGCGGAGCCCCCACCGCUCGGCCGCGUGACUAAGAGGCAGCGUUGGCAAGGACGGGAAUCUCCCGACGCGUGGCCAAACUCCGGCGCGGACGGAAACGGCUCGACGCGGGACGGGGUCGCCGAGGGCUCCUUCCGGAGCGACGGCUCGAACGGGACUCCCGUCCUCCGCCCUUCGACGCAGAGGUCGGCCCCGCGGCCGGCCGGCGACGAGCCGUCCGUCGCGCGGGCCUACCUGCAAAGCUUGGAUCGUAGCAGUCGCGCCUGGGUGCUGUCUUCCGGAAAGUCCGAGGCUUCGGACGAGGCCCGCGGGCGGCGGGAAAGCGGCGGUCACAUUUGGUACAACCCCAUCCCCGAGGAGGAGCGUCCGGCCGCGCGAGCUGGCAGCCGGAAGGAGUCUGGGCCGGGCCUAGCGGAGACCUCGGCCGAGAAAGACGGCGUUCCUUCGGAAGUCGUCGCCGCUGUCACCGAAGACCCCGACUCCCGGACCGCCGUCCCUAAGAGAGGCGGCGUGAUGGACAGACUGAGGUCACCCGGCACGGUGAGGAAACUCUCCCUGAAGAUGAAGAAACUUCCGGAACUCGGACGCAAACUCAGCCUGCGCUCGUCCCGCGUCGGGCAAGGGAGCGACGGAACGGGAGGCGCCGCAAAAACCGCUCCCGACCGCAACGUCAUAAGUAGAUAUCACCUGGAUAGCUCCGCCCCUCCCGCGGGGCGCUCGCCGAUAGGACGCGCCGCCAGUAAAGGAGGUUAUCUCAGCGACGGAGACUCUCCCGACAGGUCGCCCGGAGAUUCGGGCUCAUUCCCGCUGUACCGGGCUCCCGAAGCGUCGCGGCGCUGCCGGCGUACGACGGGUUUAUUGACCGUUCACCUUCUGGGCCUGGACCAGAUUCAGACAAAGUCGGAUGCGGGCAAAGAGAUUUUUUUGGCGAUCCAGAUCGACGGAACGACACGAGCCAGGACUUCGCUCCUCAGCCUCCGAGGCGGCGGCGUUUCUUUGAACCACACUUUCCGCCUGGAGCUGGAGCGGGCGCGGCUGCUACGAGUGGUGGUGCUAACGCCAGCUCGCCCGGAGUCGGAUCGGCUGAAGAACACGGUUUGCUGCCUGGGGGGAGUCGCUAUCCCGCCGCUCUUUAAAGGAUCUCGCUGUCAGCAGUUGUGUGUGAAGUUGGAACCCGGAGGUCUCCUUUACAUCAAACUGUCACUGCGGGAAGAAUGGGACGCGCAGUUUGCCGGCAACUCGGCAGCCCCGUCAAAUGUGUUCGGGGUGGAACUGCGCCACCUGGUGGAGGAAGAAGGCUCCGUCUCUGCGGUUCCUUUGCUGAUCCAGAAGACUGUGGCGGAGAUUGAACGGCGAGGACUGAAGGCCGUGGGUCUGUACAGACUGUGCGGUUCCGCCGCGGUCAAGAAAGAGCUCAGGGAUCGCUUCGAAAGGGACAGUUCGGCCGUCCGCCUCGGAGAGGAUCUCUACCCCGACAUAAACGUCAUUACAGGAAUACUGAAAGACUACCUGCGCGAGCUCCCGUCGUCGCUCAUCACGGCCACUUUGUACGAGGCCGUUAAAGAAGCCAUGACACGACGACCCCCGCCCGUCCCGCCGGGGGAUCCUGACCCCCGCCUAGCCGAGAGCACCGUGGCGCUGCUGACUUGUCUGCCGGCAGCGGAGAGGGCCACUUUGACUUUACUGCUGGAGCACCUGAGUCUGGUGGCCCACUUCAGCUCUCGCAACAGGAUGACGCACCAGAAUCUGGCCGUCUGCUUCGGCCCGGUGCUCCUCAAGGCCCGGCGGGAAGGCCCGAGAGGGGGGAGGCCGGGAGAGGAUUGGCCCGGCGCCGUGGAUUUCAAGCGACACGUGGAGGCUUUGCACUACCUGCUGCGUUCGUGGCCCGGCGAGUGGCCGCCGCCUUUUCGAGGGCCGCUAAACGUGCCCGUUGACCGAAUCCCGGCGGAGGAGGCGGCGGUGUCGCGACGAGGGAGGGACGGCGCGGGACGGCCGGACAGUCCGCCCCCCGUCAAUCGCUACGCCGGCGACUGGAGCGUCCGCGGGCGACAUUUUCCGUCGGGACGGGAAGCGGAUUACGACGAGGUGGAGGGGAGCGACCGAGGCGGCCAAGACGAGAAGAAAGAAGCGUGGUUUGACGGAGGAAGCGAAGCGCUCUACGCGGAAGAUUUGGACGCUCCGUUCAACUGUCGACUGAGCCUAAAGGACUUUGACCGCCUGAUCGGCGACCUGGACCGAGAGCUGGCCAAAGGCAUCAACAUCUGCACGUAG